UACUUUGUCUCAUAACCUCAUUUUACAUUCAAAAACAAUAUUUUUUAUAAAAUAUAGAAAAUGAUGAUUUUCAGACGAUUGUAUUCAAGACAGUCAGUUUCCCAUAAAUAUUUGAAGAAAACAAAACAUGAUCCUGGUAUCAGGUCACGAAGUAGAUUACUAGAACCGUCAGAAGAUAUUGAAAAUGUGGACUUCGAAGAGCUAGAAUCUGAUUUUAUGAACGUUCAAAAAAGUCACAAGGAUCAUGUUGAGGAAAUGAAACAAUGGCGCGAGAAAGAAAAAUACUUAAUAGUGAAACAGAAGUAUUUUAAAGAAAAGUUUCCCAAUUUUCUAACCUGGCACGAUAAAGAACAGAUACGGUAUCUCCAUAACACAGAUUCUACUGAGUGGAGCAUUGAAAAACUUUCAGAGAGUUUUCCAGCUUUACCGGACAUAAUUGAGAAAGUAGUUAAAAGUAAAUGGACAAAGAAAAAUGAUCAGAAAAUUGUAAAUCAUGAUAAGACAGUUAUGAGUAAUUGGGCUGAAUUUAAACAAGGAAAACUCAAUAACCUCCCUGAUGAAUUAAAAGUUCAUUUACAGAAGUUUUCAUCCAGAUCAUUAAACCUAAAACCUUUCGAUCCAAAAAAUAAUCAGAAAACAAUUCGCCAGGCAAGUGAAAAAGUUGGAGAAUUUUCUGAAAUAAUACAAAGUUAUGAGAGAUUAAAGAAGAAUAGUGAUGGUAGUGAUCAAAGAACGAGGGAGUCUGAAAAUAUUAAGCCAUUGGCAGAAACAAAAAAAAUUAACAAAAUUUCCAAAGAUCCAUAUCCUUUAACGUUGACGCAAUUAAAAGAAAAAAUAAGAUAUGAUAUAUCCAAAGGAAAAACACUGUCUGAAGAUGAAAAAGUUAUUUUAAAUAAUGUAACUAUAUCAAAAACAGAUAAUAUUAACACUGUGGUUGAGCUUAAGCCUGAAAAUGUCACUGACAUUGUCGAUCAAAGAUAUAAAACUAGCUCGGAUAAAGUUGGCUUUGUAAAGAAAACAAAUAAAGACAUGUCACACUUGAAAUACCCAGAAAGAAUUAUAAUUCCUAAAAAAGCUUACGUUAGAGGUUACACUUACAAAUUGAAUGAUUGUUACUACGAUAGUGAUGGUACAUUUUUAUAUAGAGUACCCGGUAUGGGAUAAAAAUAAAUAAUUUAGUUUUUU